AUGCGCAUCCACGAGAGCGGCCUUGACCGCACUCCCGACACACCCACUACAUCCAACACAUCCACCGUGCACACCCCCACUCUCGUUCCAUCCGUCCGCGACACCACCACCACCACCGCCUCCUCUGUAGCUGACACUGACACCGCAGACUUCUCAUGCCCACACUGUUCACGCACAUUCACCUCACGUAUCGGCCUGGUCGGUCACUUGCGAAUCCAUCGCACAGAGACUGGCGAACCAGUGCCUGGAGCACCCACCUAUACCCACAAAGCUAGUUUCAACUGCCCACACUGUCCUCGCACUUUCAGGCAUCGCAUGAGCCUAUUCGGCCACAUGCGCAUCCACGACGACCUGCGGGAGACAACUGCCGGCCGCACCACAAAUUCACUCACUAACCAACCUCCCCCACCACCACCACCACCCCACCAAAAAUCAACACUCACACACCUCAUGCACCCAACUGCCAUCUCCCACGCAAGUGGGAAGUCUGCAUCUCGACUCGGUCCCCAUGCGGCUUCGGCUGCACGGGUGACUUGA